UUCAGCAUUUGAUGUUGGCAGCCUGUACCAACAUUGCUUGGGGGUAUUGUACUACCACUGUUUUAUGUAAAUUUGCUUGAUGUGUUGCAGCAACCUGGAGGACAACAUGAUCGAGCACAUUGACAUGGAGGCCUUCGUGCCUGUCUCCAAGCUGGAGGACCUGAACGUGGGCAACAACGAGUUCCCGUGGCUGCCGGCGGCGGGGCUGCAGCGUCUGCUGCACCUGAAGGCGCACAACAACCCGCGCCUGCGCCGCUUCCACCCCCCCGCCGCGCUGCCGCGCAUCCAGACGCUGGUGCUGUCCUACGCGUACCACUGCUGCGAGUUCCUGCCGCUCAUGGAGGACCAGGGCCCGGAGCCGGCGGCCGAGUCCCCGUCGGACCUGGUCAUCCUGCCGCCGCAGCACAUCGACCCGGCCGCCUGGGCCAACGCCACCGACAUCUGGGCGCACUACUGUACGUGCCGAGCCCCCUCUGUGCCCCCCCCCCCCCCUCUCCCCGCACGCCACUACAUAGUGCUCGUGUCCGCAGUGAACGUGUCGGAGCUGGGCGGCGCCGGGCUGCAGGCGGCGCUGGACGGCUGGGCGGGCGCGGGCGCCGUGGAGCUGGGCGAGCGCGACCUGCCGCGCCGGGUGCACUGCCUGCCGCUGCCAGGUCCCUUCCUGCCGUGUGUGGACCUGUUUGACUGGUGGACGCUGCGUUGCGGCGUGUGGGCCGUGUUCCUGCUGGCCCUGCUGGGCAACGGCACCGUGGUGUUUGUGCUGAUCUGCAGCCGUAGCCGCAUCGACGUGCCUCGGUUCCUGGUCACCAACCUCGCCGCCGCCGACUUCUUCAUGGGCAUAUAUCUGGGGUUCCUGGCCGUGGUGGACGCCGGCACUCUGGGCGAGUUCCGCGCGCAUGCCAUCGCCUGGCAGAUGUCGGGCGGGUGUAAGCUGGCCGGCUUCCUGGGCGUGCUGUCGUCCGAGCUGUCGGUGUUCACGCUGGCCGUCAUCACGCUGGAGCGCAACUACGCCAUCACGCACGCCAUGCACCUCAACAAGCGCCUGUCCCUGCGGCACGCGGCGGCCGUCAUGGCGGCCGGCUGGGCCUUCUCGCUCACGGCCGCGACGCUGCCCCUGCUGGGCGUCUCCGACUACCGCAAGUUUGCGGUGUGCUUGCCCUUCGAGACGUCCACGCCCGUAGCACUGGGCUACGUGGUGACGCUACUCGUCAUCAACGGCGUGGCGUUCCUGGUGCUCCUGGGCUGCUACCUCAAGAUGUACUGCGCCAUCCGCGGCUCUCAAGCCUGGAACUCCAACGACUCGAGGAUCGCCAAGCGCAUGGCCUUGCUCGUCUUCACCGACUUCUUGUGCUGGUCGCCCAUUGCCUUCUUCGCGCUCACCGCGGCCUUCGGCGUGCAGCUCGUGUCUCUGGAGGAAGCCAAGGUGUUCACGGUGUUCGUGCUGCCGCUCAACUCCUGCUGCAACCCGUUCUUGUACGCCAUUCUGACGAAGCAGUUCAAGAAGGACUGCGCGCUCGUGUGCAAGGCCAUCGAGGAGUCGCGCGUGACGCGCGGCAUCGGGCGCUGCCGGCACUCGUCCAACUUCAGCAACCGGCAGACGCCCGCCAACACCAACAGCCUGGCCGAGCGCUCGUCGCGCGGCCAGCACGGCGCCGCCUGCGCCUGCCGCCGCCUGCUGGGCGCCGAGCGGGCGCGCGCCCCCGCCGCCCGCGGCCGCCUGCUGGGCUGGCUGCGCGCCUGCGGGCGCCGCGCCGCGCCCGCCCCCGCGCCCGCGCCGCGCCCCGCCGCCGCGCCGGCGCGCGCGGGCUCGGUGUCGUCGUCCGUGGAGUUCUCGUCGUCGCGGUCGGACUCGUGGCGCGCGUACGGCCGGCCGCCCCCGCCGCCGCGCCGCGCCGCGUCCUGGCUGGUGGCGCGCAAGACGUCGCAGGACUCCAACCUGUCGUCGUCGCGGAACGACUCGUCGGGCUCCAACGCCACGGCGUCGACGGGCACGUGGCGCACGUCGCGGUCGGGCGGCAGCGCGGCGGCCGGGCCGGCGCCGGCGCGGCCGCGGCUGACGCGCCAGCCGGCCGUGUCGGGCGACGAGCCGCCGGGCUCGCCGGCCGCGCUGGCGCCGCGCCUGCUGCAUACGAUCCCGUCGGCGGCGGAGGCCGAGCUGGCGCCGGACGAGGAGCCGCGCUCCGCACAAGACUGA